AUGUCCAGCUCAGCCCCUGCUCUGCCUUCGCUGGCUGCGCUCUUGGCAAGCGAUGUGUCACCACUGCUCCUCAAUGCCGAGACACCUAAAGAGUCAAGAAAGUGGCACCAGCAGCAACCGUAUCCCCAACUGGAAACGGUCCACAAAGACGAGGGCUGCGCGGUUGAUGCUGCCGCUGCUGCUGCUGCCUCUGCUUCCCUGAACACGAAAGACUCCGCCUUCAACACCACCAGCGAGAAAGCAGAAUAUGCGUUCGACGCGCAGUGCGUCAAGGAAGCAGCCUUGCCUGUCGCCUCCGCAGCCUCCUCCGUGGAGUCCGUGAAGUCGGAGGUUCUGGCAAAGGAAGGAGGAGCUGCCUCGCGCCAGCCCGAGCCUCAGCCUCCUCUUGAACAGGCGCAGUCUGAAGAUCCCCAGGCACAUGCAGGAGCAGAAGCGGAAGAGGACACGCAGUCGCCGCCUCCGAAGGAGGGGGCUGCAGGAAAUGAAGCCAGUCAAUCGUCAGAUCCCUCCGUCUUGCCAGAAUCGCACAUCACCAUUGCUGAGAAUAUGAGGAGUCUAGCAGCGAAGAGCGAGGGAUCUCCCGCUGGGGGAGCCCCCGUGCGUCGUGCAACCGACAGAAGCGGCGACUGGCAUCCCCUGGAUGCUGUAGUGGAGCGUAUAGAGUCGCACGUGCGACCAGGAGCCUCAGGGCAGCGGCUGCAGUGGUGCAAGGGGUUUCGGAUGCCUCUAGGAGCUGAGGGAAGGCAGAUCUUGCUGCGUCGGUUGAGGAAGGCUUACCAUGCGAAUCCUGCCAAGUGGGAUGAGGAGCUGUCGCGACACCGCAUCGUCUUCAGCAGAAUGCCGUACGCCACGGUUAUCGAGUUGUUUCAUUUGGCGCAUCUUUUGGGGGUUUUCGACUUUGCAGUCAAGUGCUCUGAGGAGUAUGGCAGCGAUGCUGCCGGUGGGGGCUCCCACAGGAAGCGGCGCCCAACACGUGCUGCUGGUGCGGGUGUAUCGACUCAGCAACAGCAGCAGCAACAGCAGCAAAGCGCACAAGCGGCGACCGGUGGCAAGGGAGCGGAGGGCGCUGAGGCAGCUGGCGAGGAUGCUGCAGCACCAGGAAGCAGUCGUUUGCUUCAGGGGGACCGCAAACGAAGUCGGAAGCCUCCUUCGUACAUUAGCGGCGACGAUGUGGGGCAGUUUCUCUCUUCUAGACCUAAGCGGACGCGACGCAACAGUCCUGCGUAUUUACGCGAUUACGAGACGCUGGGCGAACCCCUCAGGCUUCCCGCUCCGCCCCCCCCAAAGAAGGGCCGGGUAGCAGCCAGCGUUUCGAAUUUGACUGCAUUGGCAGCGACAGGGGCCUCCUCGGCUGCCGCGGAUCUUGCAGCGGCGUCCAGCGGCCUUUUUAACUGGGGUGGUUGCAGCUCGGGGGGUGCUGGCUUCGUGGGGGGAGAAGGAGCAUCUGGAGUCUCCUCUGCGCCUUGCGGCGUCGGGCAAGCCAGCCGAGGAGGCGAUAUCCUCGACACGCUGUGGGACUGGGGUUCCCUUGCGCACCGAGACGGCGCAGACGACAGCCUGCAGCUCUCUCUUCUGGGAGGUGCCUUGGGCGGCUCCCUGGGGAGUCCCUUGGAGCAGGGCGAGCUGCGCGAUCUCAGAGCCUUGCUGCAGCAGGAGCCUCAGGGCAGGAGGCUGGAGCAGCAGCAGCAGCAGCGGCAUCAGCACACGCCCGUUGAUGAGGCGCUGGCGAGUCCGCGAGGGCGUGUGUACUUCUCCGCCGAGCUUCCUGGGUCGUCGUACGAAGAGACGACAGCCGACGUGGCGAGACAGCCGCACAGAGCGUCGUGCUUGAGCGGCGGCAACGCUGGCGGCAGCACUGUUGCUGUGUCUAGCAAGGCUCUCCACCACUUGCCACCACCUUUCAGUGCUCAGGUGCCUCGGAGGGAGCAUGCAAAAAGCGGCGAAGCCGCAGGCGCUGCCGUCUCCGCUGCACCGGGAGAAGGGGCCGCAGGCUCCCAGCUGAGCCUCCAGUUGCUGACGACGAACUACACCAUUGCAGCGCAAUAUCUGCAGGUCAUCGAGCUGCUGGCAGUCCAGCGUCAAAUCAUGGAGCUGACGCAGAGUUUGAGCAAGAAUGCGCCGCCGCGCGAGGGUUCGGGAACCGUAGCAAGAGCAGCAGCAGCAGCAGCAGGAGCAGGAGCUGAAGAGCAGACGCCUGCCCAUACCUCAGAGGGUCUCCUAGGAUCGGCGGGUUCUGUGCUUGGCCUUCUCCCAGGCAAGCUGGACAGUCAGUCUCUGUUGAACCAGCAGCUCCUUCUGCGACUCGGCGCGGAAACAGCCCUUGAGAAGCCGACGCUAUCGCAGCAGGGUGCGGCGGCUGACUCAGGAGUUACUGCCUCUCAGGUGUCGAUCCUUAAGGACUUGGAGCAAAAGGUUUCCGCUUUGGAGCUGUUGGCUGCCAGACGGCCCGUGGGAAGUGUUUCCUCGGAGGCAGCGUUGACAGAGACGAGCAGCAGCGCACGUAAGACGCCAGCGUCGCAGGGAGUGGAGACAUCAAGGUGCAAGGGGGACCUCAGCAAGCAGUCCGCUAUAAGCUGCUCAGCGCCAGAGUCUCCUCUCGAUGGCUAUGACUCUGCAGCUGCCUCUUCCUGCUGCUCCGGCACGUCCUCGUCUUCUGCUUGCACCACACCCGACUCCCUUGGGGGGGAGAGGCUGCUGCUGCUCUCCUCUUUGUGGCAGCCGCUGCCACCGGCGGAAGGACUCGCGUCGGGGAACCUGUAG